AUGGCUUCGAGACUAGGAGUCCAACCACCAUUGGAGACUGUACGAGAGGUUCUCUCUUCAGCUGUCAACGCGCCAAACCCUCCAAACCUCGUCCCUCUCUAUGCCUCAAUUUCAGCCGAAUUCCUCACGCCGUCUUCGAUAUACCUGAAGGUCAAGUCAAAGAGUAAACUCUCAUUCUUAUUCGAGAGCGCUGCGACUACGGAGACGAUAGCGCGGUAUAGCUUUGUAGGCUCCAAUCCCCGGAAAGUACUGAAAACCGGUCCUAGCCAUGGCCCUGAAUGUGAUCCUUUGCCGCUGCUGCACAGGGAGCUGGCCAAAAGUCGAGUAGCUACGAUACCUGGUCUCAACCUACCUCCCUUGACGGGAGGUGCUAUCGGAUACGUGGGAUACGACUGCGUCAGAUAUUUCGAGCCGAGAACCAAGAGGGAGAUGAAAGACGUGCUCAAAGUCCCGGAGAGCUUCUUCAUGCUUUUUGAUACCAUUGUCGCUGUCGAUCACUUCACCCAACAAGUCAAGGUCAUCACAUAUCUGAAGGUCCCUGAUAGUCUAGAAGAUCUAGGUCGCGCGUACGAAGAGGCGACUACUGUCCUGCAGCGAAUGGUCAACGUCGUGAAGAGCGAAGAUAUCCCAAUGCCGGAGCAGCCUCCAAUACAGGCGAACCAGGAAUACACGUCGAAUAUAGGCCAAUCAGGGUACGAAGGGCAUGUCAAGCGCCUCAAGGAACACAUAGGGAAGGGCGAUAUCAUCCAAUGUGUGCCCAGUCAGCGCUUCUCGAGGCCUACAUCGCUACAUCCUUUCAACAUUUAUCGGCAUCUACGAACUGUCAACCCGUCGCCGUAUCUAUUCUAUGUCGACUGCGACGAGUUCCAGAUCAUUGGGGCCAGUCCAGAGUUGCUGGUCAAGUCAGAACUGGGCCGGAUCAUCACACAUCCCAUCGCAGGGACCAUCAUGCGAGGGAAGACAUCGGAGGAGGACUCGAUACUGGCAGACGAGCUCCGCAGCAGUCUGAAAGACAGAGCCGAGCACGUGAUGCUGGUGGACCUUGCGCGAAACGACGUCAAUAGAGUCUGCGACCCGUUGUCCACUCGAGUGGACAAGUUGAUGGUUGUGCAAAAGUUCUCUCACGUCCAGCACCUGGUGUCCGAAGUGUCCGGUGUGCUGCGAGAAGGGAAGACUCGCUUUGACGCCUUCAGGUCAAUCUUUCCCGCGGGAACUGUCAGCGGCGCGCCCAAAGUCCGCGCAAUGGAGCUAAUCGCGGAGCUUGAACGCGAAAAGCGAGGCGUGUACGCAGGCGCGGUAGGCUAUUUCGGAUACGACAGUGUUGACUCGAGUGGGAGAGUACUUGAGGGCGCGAUGGACACGUGCAUUGCGCUUCGCACUAUUCUCUUCAAGGAAGGCGUGGCGUAUCUGCAAGCUGGAGGCGGAAUUGUCUUCGACUCAGAUCCCUACGAUGAAUACGUCGAGACUCUGAACAAGCUAAAAGGGAGCUUGACCUCAAUUGAUAGGGCGGAGGAGAAGCACCUGCAUGACCAGGGCGAUCAGGUCGCGGUGGCUGACGGACCAGUGGCUGGGGGUGAUCGAGGUCAUAAAAAGGCGCAUAUCGACUUUGCGGCUGGAUAG